AUGGGUAAUUGUUUGCGUAUGCCCGAAGAUCAUUCUGGUCUUCUUGAUUUUCCUAUAACUCCUUCUUCUAUUUCUACAUCAUCAACAAUUUCUUCGUCAAACUCACAUUCUACUGUUACUCAUCCAAUUUCAACUAUAUCUGAAACACAUAUACCAAAAUUAGUUAUAUUAAAUCGUUCAUCGGCUGAUCUCAAUACUAUAAAAGCAGCACAAUGUCGAAAUCUUGUUGAACAUUUACCAUUAAUUAGUUAUGAUGAAAAAACAAUAAAACAAACAGAAUGUGAUAUUUGUUUAAUGGAUUUUAUGCCUAAUGAACAAGUACGACAAUUACCAUGCGAUGGUGAACAUGUAUUUCAUCCAACAUGUAUAGAUAAUUGGUUUGAAAAAAGUUUAACAUGUCCACAUUGUUCAAUAAAUGUUGAUGCUGCAUUACUUCUAAGAUUCAUUCCAAAGUCAAAUAAUAACGAUGAUGACGAUUGA